AUGCAACGAUCUCGAGUGACGGCGUACCUCAUUCCGGGUCUAGUGUUGGCGCUCAUUGCACAGUUCGGUGAAGUGAGGUCGAGUCACUUCCGUGCCGGCAUCAUCGAGUACCGCGUCAGCCAAACGAACCCCAAUACUUUGGAUCUCGUCGUGACGACAUGUUGGAGGUACGAUGCUCCCGACAAUCUUAAUGUAAUUCUGGAUGGCGGCGGCACCCUCUUUUCCACGAGUACUGCUGAUGUCGUUGGAGAUGGCUACGACGCUAUGGGUAAUCGCUAUAUAGUUCUAAGGUUCGUGGCAUAUUUAGCAUCCUCGUACAUGAAUUGCUCCUACAUCUUUUUCGAGACCUACUGUACAUAUUUGUACCUCAUGCAUCUGCGGCUCAUUAAAGCAACAGCACCACUACCAGUAUCGCAACAGCCAUGCGUCCAGCAGGGCCUCUACAUAUUGCGUGCAAUCGUACAUGCAUGUGGCUGGGAGGCCCCCUGUUAUGCACAGUUUUGUAUUGGUAGUAGUUUCAUACACUACUUUAUCCAUACAGCCCAGCCCGUAUAUGCCCGUAUAGCCAGCUGGGCAGCCUGGGCAUGGACUUACGGCUCAGCUCCAGUUCCCGCAGCCGCUGGAGAGAUUUACGCUACCAGCUGUUGCCGCAUCGGUGGCCUUGUUGGCGGAGUAUAUGAUUACGCGUUGGGUGACUUUCGCUUUGCCGUGAACUAUGUCCCCGGCGUGAGUUCGUCAAUCGUCAUCCAAGCGCCGGCCGUCAUGCUCAUUGACAAAGCAACGAGCUCAGGGGGCUACAACUACACCUUCGUUCCGGCCAUCAGUUCCCACGGGGCGUCCAUCACCUGCUCCAUCAACACGAACCUCGCCGAUACAGCUCCUGGGGAGCUAUCUGUUUCGACAGUAUCAGGGGGAUGCAGCUGCUGGAUACCUACCUACCAUGUUGUAUGUAAUCGUUACAGCAAGCUACUGCGUCGUGUGUGUACCUGUUGGGAUAAGAUGGCGGCGGACUUGAGCAACCAGCCUGUGCUCUCCGCAAUCAAUGCUUCGACUGGUCAGGUGCUGCCGCAAUACGGCGGAAACCUCGUCAUCUUCGUGGGGGUACCUGUCACGCGUCUGCGUUCGCCUCCUCCUCCUCCUAGCCCCGCACCAAGUCCCGCACCAAGUCCCGCAACAAACAACACAAUGCUUGCCCCGGUGCGAUUGUCUGCACCCGUGGGGCCUAUGAAUGUCACCUCCAGCACCGCCACCUACUGCCUCCUCAUCAGCAGCAACGCCUCACUAGUGAGCCCUACGGCUGAGUGCGCGGGCAUGGACACCGUACGCAGAGUCGACAUGAUUGUGGAUGCAACGUGCGCGCAACAGAAGCCCAAGCCCAUCACGGUAGUGACCGUCAACGGUCGUGUGCUACAGCAUACCCUCCAGACAGUCAAUGUUGAUGGCACAGAGUACGGCGUACUAACGAUCAAACGCAUUGAUACAUUGUUCCAGAGCAUACCGGACGAUGGGCUGUCCGUGUGUCUGACUUUCAACAAGGCGGCUAGCAGCAUUUGCAAUAGCCCCCAGGCUCUGUUCUUUGGUCCCACCAUCGUGUACCAGAUCACAAGCAUUGACUUCAUGUGCUGCCCCACAUCGGAGGCGCCGGAGUCCUGA